CAGUUCCCAGCAACACUGGCUAUAAUUCUGUGCUUGAAAUUUCUGGAGAAAUAAACACUGCCUCCAUCUCCGAAAAACGCGACCUGAUUCUUGUGUCCUCAUGCAGACUUUUAUCCAAACCGACAAAUAUCUGUACAUGCCAGGCCAGUUAGUGCAGUUUUCCCCAAUCCUGACCAUUACUGGAAUGAGAGCUCUCGUUUCUUAUGAAGACAUUCCAGAGACAUGGAUCAAAUCGCCUAGUGGCAGAAGGUUGACGCAAUGGAAAAACACUCCCAAUCCAGUUGGACUGCUGCAGUUGGACUUCCAGUUAGCUGAGGAGGUGGAAGAGGGCACUUACCAGAUUUUCGUGAGAACCGAAGAGACAAGAGCAUCGCAGAGUUUCAAAGUGGAAGAAUAUGUGUUGCCAAGAUUCAGCCUCACCAUUCAGCCACCCCCUUAUGUUCUGGCAACCGACACAGAGGUCGUUUUCUCUGUAUGUGCCAAGUACACCUUUGGUCAGCCUGUUAAGGGGACUCUUACGCUGUCUUUGACCAGGCCGUAUUAUUAUUAUUACUACUACUACUACUACAAUCAACCAACGUUUGUAUAUGUGGAAAAGACACUCAGCGGUUGUGACGAAGUCAGUGUAGCAACGGUUAACAUUGGUUACGUCGGAUAUCAAAUAGAAGUGAAAGGUUCUUUUGUCGAAGAGGGAACAGGCAACGUCGCGAAUGCCACAGCUUCUGUGGAAGUGCACUACGCAUCUUCCAUUUUAGAAACCAUCACCCCUGAAGAAAACGUGAAACCGGGACUGCCGUAUAACUUCAGAGUGUUCUCAAGAAGUCAGAUCAUGUAUAAACCAGCGAAGAUGUCCACGACUUGGACUCCAAAGACCUCCCAACUCAGCGAGUCAGAUCCUCUGGAGCCUUUACAACCACUCAAUGACAGCAGCCUCAUCCGAGGAUACUUCAACAUUGACAUUCCCUUAGGGCCAUUGACUUCACCUCAUCUUAAGGUCCUGAUGUGGUACGCCCGCAGCGAUGGCGAGGUCGUAUCAACCUCUGGAAGUGCAGACGUGAGCAAAUGUCUCAGGAACCCGACCUCCCUCAGGUGGGAGACGAAAACUGAUGCUUUGCCCUCUCCAAAGGAUGACGUCAGUCUCAUCCUUUCGUCCGCGCCGAGCUCUGUCUGUGGCUUAGAUGACAGCGCUUUAACCUGGUCCGUCGAGAGUUAUCCUGGGACUGUCAACGGCUCAGAUAAAAUUUACAUCUCUGCUUCCGCUGACCUCCUAGGACCGACCCUUGAGAACCUGGGAAACCUGAUCCGAAUGCCUUAUGGCUGUGGUGAACAAAAUAUGCUGAACUUUGCCCCAAACAUAUACGUGAUGCAAUACCUGGCAUUGUCAGGUCAGCUCACUCCCAGUGUCGAGGAUCAGCUUCUGAACUAUAUGAAAAUAGGGCUACCAGCAAGAGCUACUCUACAGCACUAUGACGGAUCCUUCAGCGCCUUUGGUAAUUCGGACGCCUCAGGAUCCACUUGGCUUACAGCAUUCGUGCUGAAGUCCUUCAGUCAAGCAGAUAGUUACAUCACUGUAGGCAGCAGACCUAUCAUGUCCGGAGUUCUACAGGGUAGUGUUCUUGGUCCACCAUGA